AUGAGCAGCAAACUGGAAGUGUUCGACAUCGUCUUCGAGAACAAUGACGUCGAUAUAUUCAAGCCCGGCGAUGUCAUUCAGGGAUUCGUACUCGUCGUUCUUUCGGCGGAGAAAAAGCACAUCAGAGGUAUUCGAGUGAAAUUCAAGGGAAAGACGAAGACGGAAUGGAGAAACUUCCACGAUGAUGGAGAAGACUUCUUAUGGAAAGAAGUAUUGUUCAAACAUACUGCCCUCGUCUUUGGUGAAGAUGAUACAUGUGAUCGGAGUCACAUCCUUCCAGCCGGUGAACACAAGUUCCCGUUUCGCUACCGCCUACCUCUCGGCCUACCUCCAGAGCUCUACUGCAAGUUUGCCCAGGUCUCCUACAUGGUCAAAGCUGUCAUCGACCGCCCCCGGAAGUACGACCAUUCGGCAAAGAGGGCUUUCAAGAUCAAACCCUUGGUCGACCUCAAUAUCAUCCCCGAAGUGCUGGUUCCGAUAGGAGAUCAGAAGACAGUUAAUGAGGGCUGCCUGUGUUGUGAGACUGGUCCAAUCACACUAGACGUCAAUGUUAAUAAACGAGGCUAUGUGGUAGGAGAGUCUAUGUGGGUCUCAGGGUGUCUUGAUAACCAGAGCAACAACGACGUGUCUUACAUCUCCUGUACCUUGACGCAGACACUGACCUUCUUCUCCAAGUCUGGCUGGCGGACGGACGACAAGAGAAUCCGAGACGACAUCGUCGAGAUUGAACUGGAAGGAUGUCCGUCGUACCAGAAAAAAGCGAUCGAACCCACCGCUUUCAGAGUCCCUCCUGUCGUCCCCUGCGCCUUCGAGACCUGCCCGAAUAUCUUCCUCGAGUAUUCGCUUCAGAUAUCAGCAGUUGUAGGGUUCGAGACUCCGGCGUGUACUUUGAAGUUGCCUAUAUCCAUCGGGACCAUUGCUGCAAUCAAUACCUAUCGAAGGCCAUCAGUCAACAUGGCCGUCACCCACCAGUCAGAAGUCAAACGAAUGGUGCCACCACCUCCAUCCUACGAUAUUGCAGUAUCCGGUUUUCGGGAGGUUGAACCUAUUCAAAGCAGUUCUCCAGUUACAAGGACAAAUCCUAGUAGACUAUUUGAAGAUUUACCUAUAAUAUCCAACUAUAGCGCAUCAGACAAUAACGUCCUCCCUGUACCCUGCAGUCCGCGGUCGCCGCCAGGAAAGGGAAAACACAGCACGUCACCAACUUCAGAGAAAAACAGGCAGCGUUCAACGUCGCCGACAUCAAGGAACUUUUCUACGUUGUCAAGAAGCAAUAUACCGACCUCACACAGCUCAGCGUCACCGACGGCUCGAGUGAAGUAUGAUACUCUUCCUUCAGCUAAUGACAGGCGAAGCGGUAAAACUGCCGCGGUAAUGGCCAACCCGGUUACAACAUCACCGGCUCGCAUCAUACUGCCCUUAGGUAGUCCACGGUCUUCGGCACCGCGGUUGAGGUAUGAUUCGACACCAACUUCGGAACGCGGCGAAAGUGCGUCGCUUCUGACGAAUAGAAUGACGUCUCCUGACGCAAGCACAUAUUACGAUUCUUCAUUAGGUUAUGGACAAACGCCACUUGCUGAUCCUUGGCGGACGCAGAACCAAUAUAUUCGAGACGAACCUCAAGAUCAAAAUAUGGGUCGGACUCGGGGAAGAAUUGCCGAAGCAUUCGUGUGAUUUUUGUUUGUUUGUUUUUAUGUAGAUUUGUUUAUAUUUAGGUUUAUUGUAAAAUAAAAAGUCACUUGCCUCAUAGUUUUGAGAUUCAAGUUCCAACCAACUGCUCUAAGGUCCUUAGGCAAGGCAUUUUCAUGAGUUUUGAGUAACCACCUGGCAGCAGAGUGCAUAUCACUUUGAUAUACGUUAACACGAAUGAUAAGGACCUUGGUAUACGAAACAAAAUGUGGUAGGCAUAUUUAUAGUUAAGAAAUCUCAGGAAAAUAAUAUUUCAUUUUUGUAUGCGUUUGAUGAUAUCCUACCAAUGUAGCAAAGCAUAGGGCUACCAUUGGAAGUGCAAGCUUAAAUUGUUCCUACUACUUGUCAUGUGUGUCUCAGUCUAAUUUUGAAUUUGAGAUAGUCUUAGGGAUAAAAAAAAACACCUGAAAAAAUAAAAUUUUAAAUCUAAUACUUCGAAAUAUAUUCCGCAACCAUGGCAACGUCUCAACAGGAUACAAACAUCACAGUCAACGUUGUUGUAAGUUCGAAUACCAGCUCUCUCGUUACUGUCAGUGGUAUACUUUCCUCAACAACUUGGCAUAUUUGGUGAAAAUUACGUGGAUUUUUAAUAAAGCACAUCAUUAUUGCUUGUUUAUUCUCUUAAUGUAGAUUUCAACCUUUUAAGGUUUAGUUUCGGUGAUCUUUUCAUCGUAUUUUUUUUUCAAAUAUGAAGUACACAAAUUAAGAGGUAUAAUUCUGACCUUAACUUGAUUUUUUUUACAUGGGUUAUGACAUUUCAAUUCCGUGAGUUCUAAGAGGAGCACCAUUAUUUUUUUUACUGUGUCAUGCUGUCUGACGGCACAGCUAUACAGGCCAAACCGACCAAAGUUUAAACGUUAAUUCCAAUGAGCAUAUAAUCGGUCGACUUAGAUUUGGUUUCGUUAUGGUCCAUUUUAGUUAAUUUUAAGUCCAAAAGAGAGAAAAAAACGUAGGCUAACAUCCAUUUUCUUUUUGCAUUUGUGGCCUAAAUCAUGUACAUAGGCACCAAAGCAUAACUGUGAAAAGUUUGAUUAACUGGCAUGGACUUCAUUAGUUUUCAUUUUACUGUUAAAGCCUAUCUACGAGACAGAUCUUUCGGAAUAAUUUUGUUCGCAUAAAUGAGAUAAGGGAAACAUGGAUAUGCUGCUUUCUACAUAUUAUAGAGUUAUUCCUCUGAUCCAAAACAAUUUUCCCUUGAGAUUUGUAUUCCAUAUUCCUAAAAAAAAGACACUCUUAAAGUAAAAUGGGACGCUUGAAACCAAUUGAACUUUGUUUAAAGGCAAGAUAUGUAUUACAAGUAUCAAAACAUGGAUUAACUUUGUCUUAUCAUAAAAAUGGGGUAAAUGUUAAGUGUCCAAAAGCGGAGAAUUGUUUCACUUGAGACAUCACACACCUUUCUCACAUUUCCGAUGGGAGGAUCUCCUUUUAUAGCAUAAUAUAUCAUAGCGUUAUCAAUAUUCAAGUGCUCAUAACUUUCGUAUUGCUUGUCAGAUUUCACUGAAACAUCUUAUUCUUCAAAUUUGCUGCUUGAACACGAGCCAGUGUGUUCCAAUGGCUUUAUUCCCUUUUAAAAAGAUACCUAGUUAUAUUGACCCAUAAACCAUUGGGGGCAGCUCUCCAUGUCUAAAGUGAUGGCACAGUGACAGCCGGAUCUGAACCAGAAAACAAUCACAUCGGAUCGUAUUACAUUCCUUUUUUUUUUUUUUACUCGGGAAGAGGAGUGGCCCAACCUGACUGAUUUCCGGUUCAAAUCUGAACUAAAAUUCUAUUAGUGUAUGACAAGCAAAAAAUAAAGAAAUAAAAUAAUAACAACAUUAAUAAUAAGAGUAAUAAUAAUGAUGAUGAUGAUAAUGAUGAUAAUAACAAAAAUAAUAAGACGUUGGCAGAUAACUUGUCGAUGCAUGUGCUGUGAUUUCAAGAGAUUUUUGUAUCAUUUUAGACAGAGCGAGACGACCCUCUCCCCAAUCUUGCAGACAAUAGGACCUAUAAAAUUCUUAAUUCGUGGAUGAAACAUUCACAAUGUAUCACAGGAUACAUUGGAGAGCUUAGCAUCGAUUUAUAUGUAGUCUAUGCAGUUUUCAUUACAUGUAUGAGAUUGCUACUUAGCAAGAAGUAUGUGAGAUGUAACAAAAAAGAUAGUAAAAUAAAUAGUCUGCAAAAUUGG